AUGGAUAUUUUUAAAAAUUAUGAAAGUCUCUGGAAGAGCAUUAUAAGACCUACCAGAUAAACUUAUAAUACCUCUGAUUUAGGUCCUUAAAUUACGCUUACAUAAGAGAGUAGAGAGAAAGUAAAAAGAUAGGACUUUGAGUUGAAAAAUAAAUUAGGAUUAACUCUUAAAUGUAGUUAUUAUGAAUUUAUUUAGAGAAAUACUCCUUAACCAUGUGUAGUUUAUCUACACUGUAAUAGCGGUAGUCGUUUAGAAGGUUAAUUAUAUGUAGAUUACUUAAUUAAUAAAGGUAUAUCAGUAUGCAUUUUUGAUUUCGCUGGAAGCGGGCAGUCUGAAGGCGAGUAUAUAUCUCUUGGAUAUUAUGAGUUAGGAGAUGUAGAAAUAGUCGUUAAUUAUUUAAAACAAAACUGGCAAAUAUCUAAAAUAGGAAUUUGGGGUCGUUCAAUGGGCGCAGUUACAGGACUGAUGUAUAUAUAAAAUAACUCAUCUAUCAUUUGUGGUUGUUUUGAUUCUCCUUUUUCUAAUUUCAUGAAACUUGCAUCUGAAAUUGGAGCCAUGAAAACUGGUCUUCCUAAAUUUUUAAUCAAAGGUGCACUAAGUCUUAUUUAAUCAACAAUCUUAGAAAAAGCAAAAUUUAAUAUUGAAGAAUUAGAUGUACUAAAAAAUUUAGAAAAGGCUUCUAUUCCCUGCUUGUUUGUUGCUAGUAAAUAAGAUAGUUUUGUAAAAUCUCAUCAUACUGAAAAAAUUCAAAAGAACUAUAAAGGAGAGAACAAGCUUUUGUAUUUUGACGGAGAUCACCACGAGUAGCGUCCAGUCAAAUUAGUAAAGCAAUGUUGCGAUUUUUUUGAAUAAAACCUUAUAAAAAACACAACAAGUGAUAUUCCAAAUUAAAUAAAACUAUAAGAAACAACCGCAGCUCAAUAGCUGAAUCAAUAAUAAUUUGAUUAAUCUUCUCCAUUAUAAGGAAAAACAAGUUCAACUUAAUCUCACUAACAAUUAUAAUAAAAUAAUACCUUUAAUUAGCAGUAAGCUCUUUAGAGGUCAAGGAUUAAAAGUGUGUAAGCUCCCAAUUUAGUGAAUCACCUUUAGUCUUCAGUUGAAAGAGGUAACAACUCCAAUAAUAACCUCGAUUUCUACAAUAGUGUCAAAGAAUAAAAGAGCAACUAAUAUGUAUAGCAAGUACCUUCAAGCUAGCCUCUUAUAUAAAUACCUAGUAAUAAUAACAUAGUUAACCAAACAAUCCAUCAUGCUCAUUCACGCUCCUCUACUCCAAAUAUAUAGAUAAAUCUUGAAAGAAAAUUUAAUAAUGUUAUAAGUUCUGAAUAAAAAACUUCAGGUCCUGCUGCUCCUAUGAUUCCAUAAACGGCAAUAAGUGCUUUUGAAAAUAAAUAAGUUGCAACUUUUGCCUAUAAAAACUUCGACUAAAAAAAUAGCAGCAGAAUCAAUUCUCUUCAUUAAACUAAUGUUAGUAGCAACUCCAAUAACUCAAAUGGCAACAUAUUUAAUUUUAAUUAGCCAACUUAAACAACAAACAAUCCUUUAAAUAUUGUUUUACUUUAAGAUAAUAACAAUACUCCUUCCUAGUAGUAAUUCAUAAGCAACUAGCUUUAAAGCAACUAAGCUGAAUAAAGCACAAAUAACAAUUCUUAGCAAAACAGCACUUAACAUUAAUAACAAAGAAGUUUUACAGUUUUUGGCUAAUAGCAACAUAUAAAUAUUUUAGGAAAUAUUACAAACAAUUCUUUUUAUGGAAGAGAAAGGUCUAACACUAGCUUCACGGGUGCUCUCGAUUUCUACAAAGAAAUCUCAAACGCUUCAAAUAAUUAAAAUAGUGCAAGUAAUUCAAAUAUCAAGAAUAUUCAAAAUUAAGCUCCAUAAACUCCAUUAAAUAAUAAUCAGAAUAUAAAUUGUGAUACUUCGAUAGAUUUUGGACAAAGUAAAAUUGGAAGCACUCUUAACUCUGCUACACCUUCUUGCAAUUCUUUAGCUAGAUAACAAAAUAUUUAAAAUAAUAUCUUUAGAUAAUCAAGCAGUCCUCAUGGAGGUAAUUUGCAAUAAUAACAAUUCUAGUAAUAAUAAAUGCAAUAAGCUAACCUUUCAAAUAAUAAAAGCAGUAAUUAAUAUAAUCUAUAUAAAUCAUAAAGCUUAAAUGUAAACGAAAACUUAGUCACAGGGGCAAGUAACUAAGGAGAGAAUUCUAUUAUUGUAAAAUCAAUUCCUAUAAAUUACGGAGUUUCAACUACAAAUGGAACAAUCAGCAACCAUAUGAAAAAAGACUCCAAAACUUAAUUUGAAAUGCUUUCAUAACCUCAAUCUGUUGAAUCAAGCAUUCAUCCUUCAGAAGUGUAAAAUAGGUUUAGGGCAACUACAAUGGAUAUAAUUUAACCUUAGCGUAACGAAUAUCAACAAUAAAUGAAUGAUUAAUGCUUGACUCCUUAAUCAAAUACAUUUACAACAAACAAUAUUACUUAUAAAAUAAAUCGCCCACGCAUUUAAAAUAACAUUUCAAACUAAAUGAAUCUAUAAAAUUUAAAUGAAUAAACUUAUUAAAAGCAAAAUAUAGUAAAAUAAAAUUCUUUAGUCCCAGAAGAAUUAAACAGCAAUAAUAAUAGUAUACCUGCAAGCAGUGGUAAUACUACUACUAUAUUAAAUAAUUAAGGUUCUGGUAUUAAUUCUAGUUUCAAUUAAAACAGAAAUAACUAAAUAAUUAAUUAAAUGAAUAACAAUAAUAAAAGCAGUAUAAAUGCAAAUAAUCACAGUAUUGUUAGUUUGAAUGAAUAAUAAACUACUACACUCGUUAGUCCAAGAUAAACAAAUAAUAUAAGUAUCGUUGGUAGUGUGAUGAAUUUAAGUAGCAAUAAUUUAUUAGCUAAUAUUGCAAAUAACAGUUAAAAUACAAUUAACAAUAACAAUAAUAGCAGUACAUAGAAUAAUACACAAAGCUUUAACCAUUAUGUUAGAAUUGGUUAACAAAUGAAUAAAGAAUGCAAAAAUGAAAAUUCUAAAAUUUCUAAUGCUGAGGGUGACAAUGAAUCAAUUAUAAGCUGCGACUCUAUUAUUAUCAAUAAGAAUUUAUUGAUUAACAAUAGUUCAAGCAAAAAACCAGGAACUAUGAAUCACACUCCUGUAGUUUGUGUUACCACUCCGCAUCACAUGACAAAAUCAACUAACAACAACCAAUAGCAGUUACAAAAUUCAGGUAGAAAAGUUUAGCAAAGCUUUUAAUAAAAUAAUUCUAAAAAUCUUAGCCAAAGUUCUUAAAAGUACUGUAACACUCUCCCUAGUAAAAAUAUAGAUUCUUAAAUUAAUUAAGGAAAUAACAACAAGUAUGAUGAUUUUAAUUGUUUUACACCUAGAAAUAAGAAAAAUAGUAAUACCAACAAUGGAACAAAUCAAAAAAAUGGAAGUGAAAAAGUCAAUAGUGCUAGUAAUUAAAAAUCAAAAUCGAACAAGAAUAAUAACUAAUAAAACAGUUAAAAUCCAACAGUCAAUUAAUUCUAAAUAUUAGCAAAUAAUAACAUGACAUCUUCUAAUCGCAAUACCAAUACAUAAAUUCAGUCUAGUAACUCCAAAACAUUUUCUAAGUAAAACACAAACAACAUUCUACAAUCAAAUUAGAAUGUUGAAAAUAAAAAUAAAUAACAAUCAGCUCAAAAAAACACAAAUUCUACAGUAACAAAUUAAACAGGUUAAACUUAAAACCCUUAAAAUUCAAAUUUUUAGUAAACAUUUAGCCAAAACGAUUACAUUAAUAAAGUCUCUCACCAAAAAAAUCAAAGCAAAUUUGAUUUCAAGAAUAAAAGAAGCGCCAAUAAUGUUCCAAUUUAAAGAGUAAAAUUUACAAAGAAUGAAAACGUUUCACCAUUUUAAUAAGAAAACUAUAACUCUGGUGGAAUGUUUAAGAAUAUUACAAAUGUCAAAGUAAACCUCUUUGAUAUAGAUUGUAAAUCCCCAACUAAUAAUUAGUAAGGUAAUUGCUUUAAUUAGACAUAAAUGAAUAAAUAAGAUUAAAAUUCAAACCAAUAAUAUUUAGAUAAUUUUGUAACAGCUCCAAACUAACUACAAUUCUAAUAAAAUGAAGAUAAAAAUAAUGGUAAUAGCAAUAAUUUGAGUAAAGAUAAGCAAAUUUGUAAUAAUAGCAAGCUUAACGAAACAGUUGAAAUAAAUAACUUAAGCAAACAAUAUGAGAAUAAAUUAAACUAAACUUUAAAUGUAUAAGAAGACUCAAAAAAGAACAGGUCUUCAACAACCCCAACCUUUAAACCAGAUUUUAUAAGAAACUUGUAAAAUACAAAAGUUGUUCAUAUCCUUUCAAAGAACGAAGAAGUCAUACAAUAAAAUUAUAUUCAAUCCAAAAUUGGAUUUUCCCCUUUUAAUUAAUAUUAAACCCCUAAUGCAUUAUAAAAUUAGGCAUCACUAGCUUAGCAGAAUAAUAUGUAGAACUAUAAUUUAUAAAACUAAUAUUCAAACAUUUAUAACAAUGCUAAUUAAAAUUAGUUUAAAAAUGGAUUCAAUCUUUAAUCUAAUCAAAUAAACAAUAUUGUCUAUAUGAAUUAGUUUAAAUGA